UUACCUGCCUCCUCGGUGUUUUCUCCGUUCAGGGAUCCCCUGUAUGGCCGGCGCUCUCCUUCCUCGUCGUCGCGUACGUGCGUAACGACGUGAUGGCGGCGACGAAGAGCGAGGAUACCCGGCCGGCAGCAGAGACGUUCCGGAGAAACGGCGACAGCGGUGGAGCGACAUCCAGGGCAGCGGUGACGGGUCCGGAGCGGCGGGGACACCAUAAAGUAAUCCAAUACAUGUGCAGCUGCUGCCACCCAGUGUUGUGAACAUACAGCAUCAACUACUCCAUUAUGGCUUCCAACAUAAUUCCGGCAUCUUCUGGACAAAAGACCAGUGCAGUCAACAAGUGCAUGCCAGAUGAGGAAGAGGAAGAAGAGGAACAACUGGUCUUGGUGGAAUUAACAGGAAUCAUUGACUCAGACAUUUUAGAAAAAUGCGACAACAAGUGCAAAAUUUUGGGGAUAAACACAGAAAAGCCUUUCUUGCAAGUUGAUAAAUAUGUGUUUGCAGGCGAGUAUGAAGAUGCUCUUGGCACAUGCGUGAUCUUUGAAGAAGUACCAGAUCCUGGAGAUGGAGAAAGUACAAACCCAAAACUGAAAUAUAAGUGUCAUACAGUAAAAAAAUUGAAUAUGACCAGAACAUUCCUGACGGAAAAAAAAGAAGGGGACGAGGGAGGUGGUAAAAUUGAAUGGUUCCAGAUUAAAGAUGAUACUUCUGCUAGCUGGCCCCAGAUGAUCUGCAGUUUUGCACAGGAAAAUGAGGAUGCGACUGAGUCUCAAAGUGAAGAAGAUGACCAUGGACAGCUGGACACAUCAAUUGAGGAGGCUGGACAGGUAGAUCAGAGCUUUUACUUAGAGGGGAAGCAGCACUCUUGUGAUGUUGAGAAAGGACCUUCUGAAUCUGAAGCAAGAAGGCACUUGGACUCUGACAAAGAAGAGAGUAACACAAGCAAUCUAAUAUUUGAAGCAGAGCACGGAACACAUCCAGUUGAUGAUGUUGGCUCUCUACAGCAAGAUGAUAUAGUUCACCAUGAUCAGACAUCCUAAAUGCAGCAUCCUAUGAUGAAGAAUGAACACUUAAUAAUUAUUUACUGUAUCCUAUAGUCCAUGGUAUGUUUUUUACUAUAGGCAAGCAAAGUAGUUGUUCUAUAAGAGUAUAGAAGUAUCAUCUAUGUAUAAAUAGAAUAACUUUCUUUCAACUGUCUUGUACUGAUCCAGAGCUGCAUUGACCAAUCUCCAGAAAAAGCUGUGCUGAAAUUAAGAAUGCUGGUAGAAUGAAUUCAAGCUUUGAGUCCAUUUGAAAUAUAAAUUCAGUUUCGUAUUAUAAUACAAGAUGGAAGGCUGGGUUCACAUUACGCUUUCGCUAUACGGGGACCGCAUCUCAUUCAUUUGAAUGAGCCUACUGGAGUCAGAUAGUGACUCCGGUCGGCUCAUUUUUGCCACAUAUCCGGUUUUGUAACCAAACCUAAAACCGGGCGUCUCAUUCAAAUGAAUGAGAUACGGGCCGGGUCCGGCUGGGAUACGGGAACGCACGGUUUUCACCCCCCCUCCAGGCAGAUACGGUCCCCGUAUAGCGAAAACGUAAUGUGACUAUGUCCAUAUAAAAGAAAGAAGUGAGUACGGCACAGCGAGAAACCGCCCGUCGGCCUCAGUUGUAUCCAUGACCUGAUGGAAUAAACUUCGAGUAACUGCAGUUCUAGUGCCUCCUAAUUUUUCCUCUUAUUAUUGUAAUGUGACUUAGGAUCAGUACAGGACAAGUAAUUCAGUGUAUUUAUAGUGUUACUUUAAUGUUGUUUAAAAGGAAUCUGUCAUGCUGCCUGAACCAAGAGUCAUUAGGAGGUCCCUGGUGGCUUCUCCCCUCUCCCCUCCCUAAUACCACCGCAGAGCCCCCUGAUGACUCAUGGUUCAGGUAGCAUGAAAGUAUUGACAGGUUCCAUUAAAUUUUAUGUGUAGGUUUUAUAACUGAAGCCUGUCAUGUUGAAAAUGCAGUCCAGUCUGUACCCACACAUGAUUCAGAGGAAAAUGAGCUGAACAGAUUGAAUUAUAUUGUUAUCGGAAAGGACUCUGUAGAAUUAGUUAUUUAUUUACAGUAGUUACUCCUCUGCUCAUUCUGGGAUUAGGAUUCCAAUGGAGGGUCCCACCAAGUGACUGACUGCUUCACACCGAUUGCCUGACAUCUCUGCUUGCCUUCCACCGAUCUUAUAUUGGUCUCAUAUUAAUAUUUGUAUCUUGUAAAACAAGGUUUCAGUUCCUUCCUUCACCUUGAUUUUUACAGAAAAAUCCUAAACGAUUGCUGCAGAGGUGUAGAAUUUUUUUUCUAUAUAUUUUUUUAUUUUUUUUGGUGGGGGGCGGGGGGGAGGUCAAAGGUUUAGGUAAAAACAAAAAACAUAGAGGGGAAGAUUUAUCAAAACCUGAGCUAAGAAAAAGUUGCCCAUAGCAACCAAUUAGAUUGCUUCUUUCAUUUGACAGAGGCCUUGUUAUAUAUGAAAGAAGCGAUCUGAUUGGUUGCUAUGUGCAACUGGGCAACUUUUCCUUUGCACAGGUCUUGAUAAAUCUCCCCCAGAUUGCAUGGUCCUUAAGUAUGGCUGUGUAAACAAGCAGUAGCCCUAACUUACCACAAGGUGGUGCUUUUGUACUUGCAAAUAUCUUCAUGUAUUUGGUUGAUACUGCUCCAAGUCCUUAUAAUUUACAUGUUAUGUCUAUAUGUUUGAUCAGGAAUGUAAAACCAUGCAGUUUAGUGUUCAUUUCAUACAUUACUACCUCCCCUGAAAAAUCUGCAAUGUUCAUUUACAUAUACUCUAAUAUAGAUCUGGUGUAUACAAUAUUUUGGUAUUUUGUAUAGCCUAACCAUUUUGUAUACUGUUAUAAUAAACAAUUUCUUUACAUUAUUGACAUAUACUUGACAGAAAUACAAGAGUUCAGCUAUUUAUUUUUAAAU